UCUAUCUCUUGGUGAGCUGCGCAGGACGUUCACUCACCGCCAUUUUGUGCCAGAGAAGGAACAGUCGCCUCCGUCGUCGUCCUCCUUUAGUCGGUGCUCCCUUGUUUAUUUAUUACCCCAUUUCUUCCGCGUUCCUUGGUGUAAAGUCACCGUCGUCGUUGUCGCCGCCGCGUCAAGCAUUUAAGGCAGGUUAAUAACCUAAAGAAAAGAGCGAAGAAUUUUUUUUGAAACGUCAACUACACCCGUAGUCACCUGUUGGCGCUAAACAUCCAGACGUAGGACAGAGGCCCCACCUUUUCCAUUCAGAAGAAGCCUUGUUUACUUUUCAUAGGCUUGCUGUAAACAUGGAGGACAUGAUGGCCAGCAACAUCACUAAUAAAACAGAUCCCCGUUCUUUGAACUCCCGAGUGUUUAUUGGGAACCUAAACACGUUAGUGGUGAAGAAAGCAGACGUAGAAGCAAUCUUUUCUAAAUAUGGAAAAAUUGUGGGCUGCUCCGUACACAAGGGUUUUGCAUUUGUACAAUACAACAAUGAGCGCACUGCCCGUACAGCUGUAGCGGGUGAAGAUGGACGCAUGAUAGCUGGGCAAGUCCUGGAUAUUAACCUUGCUGCUGAGCCCAAAGUAAACAGAGGAAAAGGAGGAAUGAAAAGAUCAGCAGCUGAUAUGUAUGGGUCUUCAUUUGAACUGGACUAUGAUUUUCAGCGAGACUACUAUGAUGGAUAUUCUGCAGCCAGAGUACCCCCACCACCACCUAUUGCCCGAGCUGUGGUACCUUCAAAACGUCAGAGGGUUUCUGGUAACACUUCACGCCGUGGAAAGAGCUUUAACUCCAAGAGUGGUCAGCGGGGUGGAUCAUCCAAGUCUACCAGAUUGAAGGGAGAUGAUGAUCUUCAGACAAUUAAAAAGGAUGUCAGUCAGAUCAAACAGAGAGUAGACUCUCUUCUGGAAGUGAAGGGAGAUGAUCUUCAGACCGUUAAAAAGGAGCUCAGUCAGAUAAAACAGAGAGUAGACUCUCUUCUGGAAAGCUUAGAGCGAAUUGAACAUGAGCAAUCUAAACCAGAGACAAAAGUGGAUGAAGAGCAGAGUAGCAGCUCUGUGAAGAAGGAAGAAACAAGUGUUAAAAUGGUUCCAGAGGAAGGAGGAGAUUCUGGCGAAGAGGGAGAUUUACUUGAUGAUGAUGAGCAGGGAGAAGACACGCUUGAAGAAAUUAAAGAUGGUGACAAAGAAACAGAGGAGGGAGAAGAUGAGGGGGACAGCGCAAACGAGGAAGACUCUUAAGCGUUCUAAAUGCCCAACAAUCCCUUUCUGCCUAUUGUGUAUAGUUGGCUCAUAGCUCCACCCAUUAACAUCCUCCACACCACCAGCUCUUUAAGCCUGUUUAUUAUGCACCCUGCAUUUCCUCUGCCGCCUCUUCAUUUUGAUACCUAUUUGUGACUUCUAGAAUAAAAGUGUAUUGUUUUUACCUGUC